AAUGCCAAGAAUUCUACAAAAAAAAUUCUACCAUUGCCUGCCUAGUUUCAAAUGCUUUCCCACAACUCUCUCUCUUCCUUUUGAAGAAACAGAGGAAGAAAAAACAGAGCAAAAAAAAAUCAAAAAUUUCAACUCUGUUUUCGACAUUCCCAGCUCUGAUUCCGCUACCACUUCUAAAUCACUCACUAAUUCCUCCAUCGCAACUACAGAAGAAGAAGAUAACAACACUAAUUACAUUUUCACUUCUUUUGAAGAUUCCGAUUGCACUAAUACUCCAGAUUUCUCAAAUAUCUUCGCUUCUCAACGAUUCUUCUUCUCUUCACCCGGUAACUCCAAUUCCAUAAUCGAUUUUCCGGUGGAAAAUCCCAAAGAAGUUGUCACCGGCGGCGUUGCUGUACAAACGUAUUCACCCGACCCGUAUGCGGAUUUUCGAAGAUCAAUGCAGGAAAUGGUGGAAGCUCAUGAGUUGACGAACGGGAAAGCAAAUUGGGAAUUUUUGCAUGAACUUUUGUUAUGUUAUUUGAAUCUUAACCCGAAACAUACUCAUAAGUAUAUUAUUGGUGCUUAUUCGGAUCUUGUUGUUUCUCUUAUGUCUAUCGACGAUUCGGAAAAAAAGACGGAAGGUACAGCUAGGCCGUGUGAACAGACAACUAUCGUACUGUAAAAAAAGUUUGAUGGAUUUGAUAUGUAUGUA